GUGCGUGCGAUGUGACACCGCGGCGAAAAGUCAAUCUUUGGGCAGUGCAGGCAGCCCACAGUUGUGCGAAUAACGAGCGAGAGUGAGGUGGUGAGUGAAUAUCACUCAGUUAACAAACAUUAUUCCGCCGCGGUAGGCAUAGUUUUUCAGCUAACGUUUUCGUGUAUUCAUCGUUUCGCAAGAACGAUUUCCAGUUUAUAUGCCUAUUGUUUCGCGAACGGUGCGUACAGUCCCGUUGAAGACGCGUCGUUUUUCUUUCGAACGCGAGUAGCCAGCCAAAAACUUGCAGGAUUGCCCUUUUGCUUUUGCCGACCAGUGUGCGUGUAUGUGGAACGGGAAAAUACUUUGGCGAUAACGAGAGGAAAGUUUUCGCCUCUGGAGGAAUUACUCGUAGUUACAGCGCUCGUUCAUGUGCUUUUCGGCAAAAUUUUGCUUCUUCGUAAUGUAAACCGUUGUUUUCAAAUUGUGAUCUCUGCCUCGUUUUUUGUGUGUUCAAUUUCAAGGAAGAUAAAGAAGCAUAUUCGUUAAGUUUUUCUUUUGCAGCCGCUGGAGUGCUCAUUCUCAUCAGCCAGAAUUCGCAGAAGCAAUAUCAUACACCGUUCGUACGUAAUUAGUGCAAAUCCUUUCAAACAAAAGUGAAUCACGGCAAUAAGAAGAAAAGUUGUUCGAAAAGUUAGAAGCUCAACAGCUUCCAGUAGAAGAAGCCCACGUGUGCGCAUACUUCCGAUUCCACCCGCACAAAGCCUGGCAUUCAGAAUCUGUGCUACGUGUGGGUGCCCGACACAGAAAGUAAUUUGUUCCAAACGGUGAAACCCUCUUGUGUGCAGGCUCCUCCGGUGGAGGUGAAGUUUGGGGCUGCUAGAUCUGGCGCCCGAAGUGUUGGCAGUUAGCUAAAACACUUACGCCCCCAGAGUUUGACAAAACAACGCAUAACAACAAGAUCCGCUGCAACAACAAGAAUAAAUAAAAAAGUGUAGUGAAACCAUAGCAACAGGUCGGUCGUGUGCACAAUGCGUGAGUACAAAAUCGUCGUGCUCGGCAGCGGUGGUGUGGGCAAAUCAGCCCUAACAGUGCAGUUUGUUCAGGGCAUAUUCGUGGAAAAGUACGAUCCAACGAUAGAGGACAGUUACCGGAAGCAGGUCGAAGUAGACGGACAGCAAUGUAUGCUGGAAAUUUUGGACACUGCCGGGACGGAACAAUUCACUGCGAUGCGAGAUCUGUACAUGAAGAACGGACAGGGUUUCGUGCUAGUGUAUUCAAUCACAGCACAGUCUACGUUCAAUGACCUGCAGGACCUACGGGAACAAAUUUUAAGGGUGAAGGAUACUGACGAUGUUCCAAUGGUGUUGGUCGGCAAUAAGUGCGAUCUGGAGGACGAGCGAGUAGUCGGAAAGGAGCUGGGCAAAAGUCUCGCCAAUCAGUUCAACUGUGCAUUUAUGGAAACGUCAGCCAAAGCCAAAAUUAAUGUUAACGACAUUUUCUACGACUUAGUCCAACAAAUUAACAAGAAAUCGCCAGAAAGAAAGCCCAACAAAAAGAAGAAAUCGCUGUGUGUGUUGCUCUAAGUACGCUAUUACUACUACUACUAUUACUACUAAUGAAGGAAUCGGAGGGAAACCUACAAACAAAGGUAAACAGUAACGAAACAUAAAUCGUUCAGAGUUAAGAGAUAAAAAAAGUUAUGAACAUUAUAUUAAUAUUAAUUAAAAGUAAAACGGGAAAACCAUGUUACGGUGAAAAGAAGAUACAGAUGUAACAAGCGCCGCAAGGGAAUUGACAAAAAUUGUGCAACCGAAUGUGGGAAAGAUUCGACAGAGCAUGAUCGUUUGUAAUAGUUGUAUCAGCAAACCAGACAUCAUUUCAGUGGAAAUAAAAGCACUACUUACUUGAUAAUUUCAAGUCAAAAAAAAAAGAAAAAUCUGACGCUGCACAGAGAACUACAAAAAUUAAACUAUGAAUCUUAAGUGAAAAAUAGACGAGAUACAAAAGAAAAACAUGCGUUGCCACCGCCAUCAUUGUUAAUUGUGAUUUGUUCACUCAUUUCUCGCACACACAUAAUCAAAUAUAGAAAUGGACGUUCGUUGUAGCAUCUUUCCGAUACACGCUAGAAACACACGACUAUCAUUGAUGUGUUUCCUUUUCAAACACGUGUGUGAUUACUCUUUUUCUAACCGUGAUUUUUGGCUUCCAAUUCUACACUCACACCAACACAACAAUACUGAAAACCUGAAGCUUUUUGCUUCGGUAACGAUAGAUGAAACAAAAAAAAUAAGAACAAUAUAAGCGAAAUCAAGGACUAGAACUUUUGCGCGGACGCUUUGAGCUAAUAAAAAAUAUAAAAACUUCAAGAGACUUUCUUAGAAUAGGUGGAAUACACAGUUGUAACACACUUCCAAACACACACAUUCACAGUAUACAGACACAUUGACAUGAAAAAAAAGUUCGUUCAGUCCAUGAAAAAAGUAAUACCUUGCAACUUGAAGUAUUAUUGAAAAUGUAGAACACUUGAAACCCACUAGAAAUCCAACUAGAUUUUGUACUGUUUUUUAAAGCGGUUUACUACAUUUCCUACUGUUUAGACCUCGGUUUAGACAGAUCCUAUCGCAGGAAGAACGAAGAUUGAAUACCCCUACAGGGGAAACGGGAAGGGGGAUCAUAGGGGCAGGAUUAGCAAAAGUUGGAUGCUUCUUUAAUAAAAAUAUACCAAACCGAAGUUUGAAACCGAAAAUCAAAUUUUGAAGUGCCAAACAAUGCAUUAACUCUCCCACUUUGACACUUAAACAUACAUCCACAUACACACAUGUGUUUUCUACUCUAUCACACAUACAAUCACAUACUUCUAGGGUCUAGAACUAAAAAAGGACCUGCAAAACUAAGACUUUUCUCGAUUGCUUCUUCCUACCAUUAACUUUCCUAUCGUUGAUUUUUAAAUGAUUCUAAUUAAAAAUCCCAUUUUCCGGUAUUGUCUUUUGCUAAACAAAUACUUUUAACAUAAAAAUAAAAACAAACGCAAUCGAAGUAAAUAAAACUAACAAAUUGAAAUUAUAUUCAUAAAGCAAAAAAUAAUAACAGUUCGCCUUUUGUUCGAGUUUUAGACCGUAUAUAGAGAAAAUGAAACGUAAUCAAACAUGAAAUCGUCAUCGUCGUAGUUGUCGUCGUUACACAAAAGAAAAAAAAACCUUACACAAACGAAAAGUUACAGCAGCUGAGUCAAUGACCCAAAAUGUGCUGCAAACUACAAGAAAAAAGUAAAGAAAAAUGAAAAAAUAGAUCCAAUAGUUGUAGAAGAUUAAUGCACCAAUCCUCACUCCUGUCUUUCCUUUCCGUUGUGUGCUAUCCUGCAACUGUUCUUGGGAACUAGAAUAAUAGUAGAUAGAUAGUCCUUCCAAUUCAGCACAAGCCAUUCGACUUUAUAGCAGAAAAAAGAGAAAAAAUGAAGAGGUAAAUCAAAACUGGUGCAGUAUGAAAUCACAGUGACUCGUAAACAUUUAACGAACAAACCCCCUAGAACGAAAUAAAGUUUAAUACGUAAAAAAAAAAACAUUGCAAGCUGAUGUGAUUGUCGUUAAAUUUCCUUUACACAUCCACGCACGUACUCACGCACACACAGGAGAUGUUCAAAUUAAAUAAAGCAGACAUGUGUCGAACACACCAAUACACACGAACACACACACACGCCGGUCCCCUUCGACAGCGUGUGAUCGCAGUAACAUCCACACGAAAACUUAAAUUGAUUUGCGCUCUAAAUUUGAGUGUAUCUGUCUUAUCAGGUGAUGGAAAAAAACUGCAUUUGAAAACUGAACGGAAAGAUGACACUGUUUAUUGUAACAGCCGUAGGCUGAUGCCUACGGCUGUUACAAUAGUUAGUUUAGAUUGUUAUCGUCACUUAAAACAAAAAAAAACUCCUCUUGGCUGCGGCCUAGCCGCAAUAUAACAAACUCCUUUGAAAUGCCAUGGAAUUACCAAAUGUUUCCAUAAUCGCUGAACUACGCGAUUCAGUUGUGACCACUCCAAAAAAAGCAAAAAAAAAACGAGAGAACAUAAAA